UGUGCGUCCGCGCUCUUACUUAUAUCUGUGCGCUCUCGCUUUACGCGCAGUUUGAUGGCGUCGCCGCGCGCUCCUCUCCGCGUCCUCCCAUCAUCGCUUACGAUCGCGCGGUUUAUGGACGGCGAGGACCCGAUAUUAUGAUAGUACACCGUCUGGGUUGGUUCUGCAACAUUGUCACCAAAGUGUUGCGGGGAAGCUUUCUCUCCGCUUGAGCUCCGAACCGAGCCGAACUGAAGUUUCUCGGAUACAGGUGCGAUCUCUUUCUAACUCCAGCUGAUGAUCAUUGACACGGAUCUGGGCUGCCGGAUUCCAGGAGAUCGCAGCAGAUCUAACGCAAAGAUGAAGUCUGCGGCAGCUGGUGAUGAAGGACUCUUCACUGAGAGCUACUGUAACAUCUGCAAUGCUCAGCUGAUCUCUGAGUCCCAGCGCGUGGCACACUAUGAGAGCAAGAAACAUGCCAACAAAGUGCGCCUGUUCUACAUGCUCCACCCCGAAGAUGGAGGACCACCAUCUAAAAGACUGAGACCAGAUAAUCCGGACAGUGCAGAAAAUGAGGUGGACAGAAACAAAUGCUGUACGCUCUGUAACAUGUUCUUCACAUCUGCCAUUGUGGCUCAGUCGCAUUACCAGGGCAAAACACAUGCGAAAAGAGUUCGCCUGGUGCUCGGAGAGACACCAAGUCUGCCCACACCUACAGAGUCAGCCCCGCCCACCUCUCAAACCACAGACCCACCCCCUCCCACAUGGCAGCCGCUGGCCAAUAACGGAGAGGCAGGAAAAUACUGUUGUUUGUGUGGCGCCUGGUUCAACAACCCACUGAUGGCACAGCAACACUACGAAGGCAAGAAGCACAAGAGAAACGCAGCGCGAGCGAGAUUAUUGGAACAACUGUCUGACAGUCUGGAUGCCAAUGAAAGCACAGGCCUGCGCCGGAGUUACUCGUGCAGUGUUUGUAACAUGGUCCUCAACUCUAUCGAGCAGUAUCACGCACAUCUCCAGGGCUCCAAACACCAAAACAACUUGAAGCAGAAUCAGCAAUGAAGAACAGCAAAUCCUGCAGAUGACGCGGACAACAGAGGCCAUUUCAGCAAAAUUAUGAAGCUGCACAAACUAACUGUGGAUUCAUAAGGAAAAUGUCCUUGUUUGGUCAUAAGAAUUGACUUACAAUAUCGGAAGUUCCACAAACAUCUGCAAGCGUUUUAUACUUUUACUCUCAAUCAAACACUAAAAGAAUGCUCUACUAUGGGAAUAUCGUCUGUCCUUCCAUGAGCAUAAAAACAAAAGGAUGUCUAAGAUCAAUAAAGUCCAGUGAUAUUCAUCAUGUGGCUCAAGCGCACCAGCCUAAAUAGACACUGUUACUUUUAUUAUUUCUUUGCCUUUGAGACUCUUUGUAUGCAGUGGCCUGUCAUUUUGUCUGCUCUUCAAACCAGUCACCUCUGCUUUGGUUUGUUCGCUUUGGCAUGCCGAUGACAGAAAAGAGAUCAUCAAUCUUUUUUCAGUGAUUUUGUUGAGUACUUGUCAUAGUAGUACUCGAAUGCUGCCAGCGAGGAAUCGUUUCAUCUGCCUUUUGUGUCCAUAACAACAUUUUAGCACAGACUAAAUGUUUCAUUCGCUCCAUAUAAUCAGCAUUGCAGAAUAUUCUUACCAAGCUGCGAUGCUGCUUAAACACUGAUGUCAACUGAAAUAUGCCAUCAACAUCGAGGAGUCCAGAUGCAAUGAGCUGGCAUUUUUUUCACCCCGACUCCCAUCACGGAUGAUUCACAUGGACGUAAAAAGUGUGAACCAGGCUCUGAGCUUGAUCUAAAUCUAUGCCAAAAUGACUGCCUGUAAAACCAGAGCUCAGUGCCUGCCGUUUUAUGUAUGAAUGCUCUAUUUUUGCUUUUCUGAUGUGGCAUAAAAAUUUAAACUGUGGUGUA